CGAUCCUGGUAAUUUUCCUGCCACUUAACUCGGCGCCAUGUCUCGACGAAGUGAUAGCCGCGACAACACUCGACCAGAUCAUCGACGGGACUACAGUCGAAGCAGGAGUCCUUCCCGAGGGCAUCGGCGAAGUCGCAGUCGGGAUUCGUCCAAGCGACGCCGUCACGACAACGAUGAAUUCGACCGCAGCAGGUCCACCCGCGGCGGCGUGGACGGCAGUUGGAGAGAUCAGCCACGAGUGAAUCAGGACAACGGCGAGUUCUAUCGACCCAGCCACCAGCCACAACCAUCGCAUCCGACCAGGGGAUUUGCACGAGAAGGAAGCUAUCCCAACGAUCGAGACGAGGCUCCGUCGAUGCGACCACCUCCCCAGAUUCUGGAUAUCGAGCCCUCGUCCACGUUAAUGAUCAAGGGUUUGCCGUUCUCGACCACAAACUCGGAGGUCAUGGAUGCGUUACGCCCCUUCCGUCCCACUGGCGGCCGUAUCAUUGUGAACAAGAUGACUGGAGAAAGUCGAGGCUUUGCAUUUGUGGAAUUUGAUUCAAUCGACGAUGCCAGACAUGUCGUCCAGACCUUUGCCAAGCAGCCCCUCAGUUUCCAAGGGCGACUGGCAGCCAUUGGGUAUGCUGAGCCCACGCGAAGUAGUCAUGGCCACCUUCCAGUCCGCUGCGAUUGGAUUUGCCCCAUGUGCAAUGCGACCAACUUUGCCAAACGCUUGGAGUGCUACAAGUGCAGCGCCCCCAAGUCCGAGUACGCCAUUGAAGUGCCUCGGCAGGUUGCCGACAUGACACACAACCAGUCGGGCCAUCCGUCAUGCAUCUUGGCGGUGCGGUCGUUGCCCAUGGAAGCGCAAGAGGAAGAGCUCACGCAACUGUUCAUGCGGUACCCCGGCGUUAAGGACAUUCGGCUGAUGCGAGAUCGAAUCACCGGUGCACCCCGAGGCUUUGGGUUUGUCGAGUUUGCCACGGUCGAGCAUGCCACCGCCGCCCUCCAAGCGAUUGGAAGCGAGUUUUACUACGCCAACGCCCUCGUCCGCGUGUCGUACUCGAUGGACGCGGCCACCGCUCCCCGAGUCUUGGGACCCAAUGCCCAUGUGUUGGCCAACUCGGCCGUGGAAGCAGCGCAGUGGUCGUCGUCCAAUGCGUACAAGUCGUCUGAGUCGGACGUGAAUGCGUUGCUGGCAUCUGCAGCCGCCGCGGUGUCGACUAGUCUGACCGUUCAUGUUCCCAAGAAGGAAUUCCCGCUGUCGUUCGAACAAGCGGGCGGAUCGUUUGUGUUUGUCAGCGAGAAUGGACUGUACUACCAUGCCGACAGCAUGUUUUACUAUGACCCAACGUCCAAAGUGUACUUUAACAGCUACUUGGGAACGUACCACGUGCUGGAUCCAGUCACCAAGUCGUCGUUUCUACCGUUUGACAUUCCCCUUCCCCUGGACGAUCUCGUGGGCGCCCCCGACGCACCUCAAAGCCGCGCCGCGUCGGCUCAAAAGGGCAAGAAGAAGGCGGUGGCGAUUUCGUUUGGCAUUAAACCAUCCACGGCCAAACCAACGCCCACGGCAGCCACGCCACUCGUGGGGACUCAUUGCUCGGUCCCGCCCGCGGCCGUGAAGAAGAAGCACGCGGAUGAAAUCGCCAAGUGGUCGCACCACCAAAAAUCUGCCGCCACCGCCACUCCAGCACCAGCAACAGCAGCAAACCAGCCCAGUCCUGCCGCCCCAUCCAACAACCAACCCACGAUUUGCCUGCUGUGUCGGCGCAAGUUUAAUUCGGCGGCGCAACUGCACAAACAUGAGCAGCUGUCCGACUUACACAAGCAGAAUCUGGCCAAGGCCAAGCAAACGCAGCAAUCGCUACGAGUCCGCGAUGGACCGAAAGAGACGCUCCUUCCUCGCGUGCGUGUUGUGUUAUAUGUGUACUUAAGAGGACCAGAACUUGACAAUACUAUUUCCAGGUGGAAGACCCCCCGGAUGUGCCGGUGGACGUUGCGCGCGUCGACAAACCACUGGACGACCAGUCCAACAUUGGCGGCAAGAUGCUCAAGAUGAUGGGCUGGAAGAGUGGCGAAGGGCUCGGCAAGGCUGGCACGGGCAUCACUGCGCCAGUGGCGGCGGUCGGCAAGACGUCGGGGGAUACCUCGGGCCUAGGCGGAGGAGCUACGCUUGGGUCGACGCCAGGCAGCGGGGCCUCGUCGAAGCGAGAUAAAAUCAACCAAAUUGUAACACUGGCAACUCAAAGUGUCAAUCACUGACAUGUGGGGUUGUGUGUAUGUGUAGACUCGGGCACGGUUUGACGGGUUGAAAGACUAAAUAUAUAAGAAUGACAAACUCGUUUCACUUAUAUAUUUGACGAGUCAAGCAGCAUAUAGAGAACAGAAACUCGGUGGGUUGUUUACUCCAAUCUAAACUCGACAGCGCCGACGUUUGCACGGAUUUCUUCGAGUAAUGUGAUCGUGUUCUCCUACCCAACGUCCAAAAAUAUAUAAUUAGAGCUUCACUUUACUUCAAAACUAAUAAACUAAGAGGA